AUGAGCCCCCUCCAGGAGCAGAUGGUUCAGAUGCCGAGGCUGAGGUUCCGAGGCCGGGGUACCGCCAAUUGUUUGAUGGAUUCCCUCGCUCUCUCCCCAUUUCCAGAAACCGCGAAUUAUUUGCAGCCACAAAAAAUGGCGACGCGGCCUUAACGACAACCUAGGCAGCCGGUUAGUCGCCCCUUGAAGCCGCCCGCUUUAGGCAGCCGGCCUCGGCGAAACCAUUUGGUUUGGAAUCGCCCCCCCCCCCUUCCUGGGUCCCUUAAUUCGAAUUCGUCGCGUUUUUAUGGGCAGGAUGUUUUUGCCUUUUCGUCGGUUUCCCUGAUUCCGAACAUGUGCGUGAUCUUCCGCGUCUUCUGACGCUUUUAUUGCGGUUUUAGGACUGAACCCGGCUCCCCUCCCAAGUGUCAAAAACCCGCGCCGAUCUUAAGUGCUGUUUUAUUUGGCCAAAGUCGUUUGAUGGCCUCUUUGAGGGUUUAUUUACGAGUGCGCGACUCACCUGUUUCAUAAUCUCGACGCAGACGUCGCCCGUUUCCGCCGGUCUGUUUAUGACGAGUUUCAUUGGCUUAUUCAAAAAAUUUUAUUUGAAGGGAUUAAAGGGGCGUGGUCUCUUUGUUGCGCAAUUUGUGCAAUGAUUAGAAACCGUAUCAUGACGUCCAUACCAGUUUCUUUCUGAGUAUUACUUUUGAAUGUUUUACUUCUGAUUCUUUUGUUUUUUGAGCCUUUGUCACUACACUGUCUCACCGUAUCUUGAUAAGCAAUUUGGAAUGUUUUAUCAUUCACUUCGAAAUCAAAACAAAAUAUCCGAUUUAUAAAAAAAAGUUUAUCCGACUUCUGAAUCCGUGAUGUAAUACGGGCGUACUGUAAAUCUUGGCCCGGUUCUUUAAAACGUGUCCAUUUUUUUGGUUCGGUCUCGAAGUCUGGCCCCUAAACACCGAAAAUCACCAGGGGUGGAUGGAUGAGGGGAUUCGAAACCCCGCGUUCACACGUAAAUAAACCCAACUCAUUAUGGCUUCAAUUCAGUUUGAGUGCGACUGUACCGCCAAAACCCCAGACGCUAUCCGGAAACCCUGUCCCAUUUUUAAAGCCAGUAAUUUUUGUUUCCUCACACCUUUUUUCUGGAAGCGAAUUACGUUGUUUAUUUCUUGCAUCGAUGUGUUGUGCUGCACUUGGAUCGAGGAAAGCCUAGAGCGCUGUUUUCGGAGGAUCCGAAGCCUUGGGGGUUUGUGGCAUCCUGCCGAUAAUCGACUAUCCAUUACUCUAACACAUAUUUUGCAAAGUGCAAGAAAACGGAAGUCGAGUGCUCUACUUUCCAAGCGAUUUAUUGUAGGCAAGAUUAGACGAUUUUAGGUGUUGUAAUCACCCAAAACCAGAUCCGCAAAUCUGCCCGGGGCCGCUCACUUCUUCCGCCCAAUUUUUUGUACGACGGACCGAUCAGGUCCUGGUACAAAACUCCUCUCUCAUUCUCCUUCUCGUUGGCCCCCACCAACAGAUUUUUGAGACUGUGUAAACCGGCCUGGGUCUCCUUUCAGUUGAGCCUUGGUUCGUGUCGAAUUUCGUGUUGCGAUCGGUUUCGCGUGAUGAUCUUGACCAAGAUAUCCACUCUAACUUGCCUAAUUGACAGGUAAUUAGUAGUUCGAGUUUAUGCCGCUAGUCUUUCUACAGGGGAAAUACCCCAAGUACGGCGCUCAGAUCUUGAUGCAACUGGGCAUAAAUAUAGAUAAAUUUUUUCCAAGACAUAUGCGGGAUUCCUAGCUCGCGCUUUGCAGAACGACCGAGGGUUUCAGAUCAAAACUUUAAAAAAAUGCUAGUUUUUUGCGAAUUUUGGAACAGAAAGUCUCAUGCCCAUUUCUACCGGUACCUUUCCUGUUAGUUUCACUUAAACUCCUGAGGUUUUACGGACUUUAUGUCAUCAUCAAACUCAUCUAGAUGCAUGCACGGUACAGUGAAUAACUGUUUCACUAAUCGAAUAAUUGUACACACUAACUAGUUAUUACUUUUCUCGCGUCUACAAUAAUUAAUCCAACAAUUUGUGUUACUGUAGCGUCUUAAAUGGGUCAAGAAAAAACAUGAGAAAACCGGUGAAUAUUGUACCUGCACUCUCUCGCCGCUCUCGGAUUUUAUAAAUUCCCGCCCUUGAGGCUGUUUGAAGCCACUUGGCGUCGUCUUCGCGCCCCAAACCCCGCCCUCGACUUCGUUUUGACUUACCUCCCUUUUUUCGCCUAACUCGCCGGCUUUUACCAAAGCUAGUCUCUGUUUUGUGGGAUUAUUAUUGAAGCGCGCGCGACUUCACUCCGAUCCCAAAAACUUUUUAGGGCUUCGGAUUGUUGCGACCUCGUGGAAACGCGUUACAACUUCCGUUAAUUUUCUCAAUUCGAGUUUUGUUGGGUCUUAUUAUUAUUAAUGAUCUGUGCCCAUUUCAGGCAAUCCAGUUUAUUGGUCUGAUCAUCUUGGUGCCCGGCAUUCUAUUCCCGACGAUUCCCUCAGAUUGCCCACAGUGCUGCCCUUCCAGAACCCCGCAUCCAUCAUUCUGGGUCAAACGGAUCUUGUCGAUCGCCUCGCCGCCGCAACGUCGCUGCAGAUGCAGGCCCAGUUGCGUGCCGUUCUCGACGUCACCAACGCCCAGGCCAGCAUGCAGUCAGCGUUGAACGGCGGGGAUUCGGACUCCAAACAACUCCUGAACUCGAUCACAAGUCGGCUACAAGAGAUCGACAUGAAGUUGUCAUUUGUCGUGGAAUUACUGGCAAAUCGAGCAGGCCAACAAGCCGUUGAGAAUGCAGCUCAAGCCUUGAACAUCCCCGUCAGCAAAGUUGUUGGCACCCAUCAAUUCGGCAAUGAUCAGAUGAAUGCAGUCAACAUUGCUGCUGCGAUGAGUACAUUGAACAAUCUAGUGCAGGUACGUGGAUUCCCUUCGAGUGCAAGUCUUGGUCUCUGGUCGCCUCCCAUUUCCUGGUGUUUAUCCAUUACGAUUACUAUAUAUCCCCAGUACAAACUAUUAGCGUUUUGCGAAAGAGUUCGGUCUUGUGACCGGCCUCAGUGAGCCCUUGACCGUCUAUUUAGUCCAAAUGUCAUUAAUCCGUACACGGAAACAGGCCAGCGGACCGUCAUAUCCACCUAAUCUCCGACCCAAAUUCAAUUUAUGACGUGCGCGACCCGAAACCUGGGAUUUGUCUGGGCCCACACCUCGCCGAUUAAUCCUGUAAAACCAAUUCCGUGAAGGAAUUCGGACAAUUAGCAGUGCUUGCAAGAGAUUAAACACUUCGGAAGAAUCCCCUCCUCCUCCCCCGACACCAAUGACGAGGGAUAAUAAGCCAUGCAACGAAACCAGUAGGGAUUAUCAUAAUUAAUUGGCCAAAUCACAUCAUGGCCAUUAUCAGGAAAGGAUAUCAAAGUUUAAUGAUAUCCCCGUCACCUUCGAAGGGGUCUUGUGUCCUGCAAAAUUGUUGUUUGAUGACAUCGUCUCAUAAUCUAUGACUUUUAAAUAUGACUUCAUUUACUAAUCUGGAAAGCAUUUGCAGAAUCAUUCUCCCAAAAUGAAUUUCCCUCCAAUGUUCAUCAAGAAUGAGAACACUCUAUUAGGAUCGCCUCAAGAUGGCCAGAGUAGUGUGGCCCAAUCCCUGUUCAGUGACAGUCUCACCAAUUCCUUCACAUCCAGACUACUGGCUGCUUGUCAAGAACGACCCGACCUUUGUAUGGCGUUGGCCAACAAUGGAAUGAAUCAGAACGUCCAGACCAACAGUUCAUCUCCCGGUUCCACUGAUGCUCCAGCGGCCUCUCCAUCAGCAUCAACCCCUAAAGCAGAGAAUGGUGGGAUCAAGAGUGAAGAAGCAGCUUCAUACGGAGAAGGGAUGGAAGAAGACAACGAAUUUGAUGAAUUCGACGAUGAAAGAGAAUCUCCCACAAAUGCGGCAAAUGUAGCCUUAGGGCAUUUGUUGCAACAAUCAGCCAAAGAACAACAAGCGAAUGGAGAUUGGCCCCAGGGUGCGGACAGUGCGGCAGCCAUAGCCGUGGAAAGUAAAUUUCCUGAAGGUGCGGUCAGAAGGGCCGCGGAGAAGGCCGCCAGGAGCUUCCAAAGCACACAACCCAAGGUAUGCCAAGCUCAAAGUUGCAUAAGUAUUGUACUUUUGACUCCCCGCACUUAAUCCCGGUUAUCCAAGCGGCUUCUCUUUCCCGAUAGCCUCAGGUUCUUCAAGUUUUCGCGAAUGACUGACUGACCACUCAAAAGACAAAUAGUUCAUGUUUUCUACGGUAGAUGGGGGACGCCGUUUGAUUUGACUACGGUAAUAAGAGCCGCACUCAAAAAGUUGUGUCCCAGGUAAUCGGACACCCAUUUCUCGGGCCUGAAAGCCUCCAGGCAAGAAGAAACGAAAACCCCGAAACCAUUUAGGCAGGGGGGGCUGGGAACUUCUUCAGUUACUGAUCUCCCUCUAUAUUUCUGAACCCCCGAAACUCCAUUUAUCCCGUAGCGAGAGAAACAAUUACAGGGCCGUAAUUUGAGACCCCCACCAAACAAAAGGAAACCAAAACUUUUGGAAUUAAUGCUCUCGAGAUUUCAGGUCUUUGCGUGGCAAAUUCUGCGCGAAUCCAUCACGGACGAUGAACUUCGCAACAUUCAGAUCUCUCUUCGCACAUUUCACGGAGAAAGCGCCCAGCAUUUAUUGUCCAGACAACUCCCCAAAGUAAGCAUUACUAUAUUUGGAAUUUACAAUAAUGUUCCGCAAUAAUUCGGUAAACUGAAGGUAUUGGAAAACCCAAAAGCUUGUGACAAACUUUCGUUAAAGGUCACUUUUGUAUUUUUAAUUGUUAUGUUCUAUAACGAGUAAUUCUUCAGAUACGAUUGGUCGUGGAAUCCACGAUGAGCUACUUUAAAUGGGAUCAGUUGAGUGAUGAAAUGCAGCUAAGCAAGGCCAAAUUACUACUUUCGCAUCUCAAAAACAACGCCAAAGUUAGGAAUUGGACACUGCGAGAAGGACGCCCAAAUCGGUAAGUAUCAACUUUUUUCGUAUUAUCAUAAAUGCGAAGGUUAGAAGAAACUCUAGGUCAAACUACAAUCAAAAAUUGCAAAAUAGUAACCAUUGUUUCGUAAGACUCUCUCUCACUUUUGGAAUUAACCAGUUAACUCGGUUACCAGGCGGUCGCGCUUGUUUGUCUAGAUAGAUCCCUGUGAUCAGCCUUAAUCGCCGUUGUAUGUACGGUAGAAAACCCGUGAGUGAAACCAAAAGACGAACGGACCAAUCAAAACCGGAAUGCUCCGAUUAUGGUAAAAGGGGGAAGGGGCGUCUUCAGAAACCCACACUUAAUGGAUUCGAAGCCGCGAGCAAUUUUUGCGUCAAUUUGGAUGCGGACGCCGGUAAUUAGAGCGGGGACUUGACCUUCGGAGACUGAACUUAUUGGAUUAAGGUCUUAUAAUAACACUCAGGGAUUAGUAGUCAUAUUACUAGUAGUCAUUACUCCUUCACAAACAAACAAUUUCAGAACCCAGAACAACCAGAAUGCCGAGAAUCUCUGGAAACGAUAUGCCGCUCUGCUUGGUCCCGGUGGUCUCGCAGCCGUGGGAUUGUUUGGAAAACAACAAACUCUAGCGACCAGUCCCCCAACCACCCAAUCCGAGUUUGGGAAAUCCUCUUGA